UGUUAUUGUGUCGAUCGAGUGAAGUCUUUGAGCUUAUCCUCUCCACUUUAGCUGUAAUCCUGCAACUGCAGUUGUAUUGUUCUGGUGUUGUGUUCGUGGUUGUAACAGUACGCGAAAGGACGCUAUGCUUCACAAGUUUCCAACCGAUGAAAAACGCCUGAAUAAGUGGUUCGAGUGCCUCAAUGAUGACAAUAUUAGGGCAUCAGCAAAUGUACGAAACCUUUUCGUUUGCCAAAAACAUUUUGCCAAAAAAUUUGUUGGAGCAAACUCUCGUUUACUGACAAACGCGUAUCCAACGCUGUUUACGCCUGCUGAAAUUUCAAACGGCGUUCCUGGUUUUGCAGAAAAUGUCAAUCCUGCUAUUGAUCAUAAUUACAGCAGGAAACGACACUACGAUCACACUUAUUCUAAAGAUGCUCUUCCACUUGCAGACAUUCCUGUUAGGAAAAAUCAUCCAGAAAUUAUUAGUCAAGAUUUGUGUAUGAAUAAAUUUGAAAUCCGCCCUGGAACAUCUAAAGGUAUAUGUGAAACAAAAAACCAAUGUCUCAAAGUUAAUAAAGAUACUAUGGAUGACAGGAGCAAUGAACAGAAUGUUCUCCGAGUUGAAAUCCGUUCUAGAACUCCGCCUGAAGAUACUAAUAUAACGACAAUUCCAAUGGCCGCUACACCAAAAAAGGCUGGGAGGAAAAGGAUUAUCCGCUCAAUUAACAAGCUGACACCUACAUGUAAAAUCAUAUAUAAGGAGUACACUAAAGCGAAAAACCAAGCUGACUUCUAUCGCCGUGCAAAAAGAGCCCAGAAGUUAAAUGAAGGAAAUGCAUUCCAAAAAAUGAUUGAUGGCAUGAACCCUUAUGGGAAGAAAAUUAUAGAGAUGCAGUUAAAUCUGUGCACAAAAAAGAAAAAAGGACGCAGAUUCACAUUGCAAGAGAAAUUAGUAGCAUUAGCUAUAAUGAAGCAAAGCCCGAAAUGUUACAAAUUUCUACAUAAAAUUUUUAUCUUGCCAUCGUCAUCAACAUUAAAUAAAAUGGUCUCCAGGCUAAAAAUUGAGGCUGGCAUCAACCCUGGAUUUUUUGGCCUCAUAAAAAAAGAAGUAUCAGGUUGGAAAGAUUCCAAGAAAUACUGCUCAAUUAUUUUUGAUGAGAUGGCAUUGGGAAUGGGGUUGUCCUAUGACCCAAAAAUGGAUAAAAUAGACGGUUUUAUUGAUCUAAGGGAAAGAAAAGAUAAAUUCGCAGACCAUGUAUUAGUAUUUAUGGCACGCGGGGCAGUCCAUAAGUGGCAACAGCCUCUUGCAUACUACUUUUGUGAGGGUGCUACCUCUGGGCCAGAAUUAAAGCAAAUAAUGAAAUUGGUUGUCACGGCCGUUGCAGAGGCUGGGUUAAAGCCUUUAGUGCUUGGGUGUGAUCAAGGCACCUCAUUUCAAUCUGCAAUUAAGCAAUUGCAAGCAGAAACAAGGAGGGAACAACUCUUAAAUAAUGAGCAUCCAGAUGACACAAUCAUCAUAAAUGAAAAUAAGCUGAGUGUAAUCUUUGACCCAUCUCACCUCAUCAAAGGGAUCAGAAAUAAUUUUCUGACCAAGAAUAUUAUAUGGAAGGGCAAGAUUUCACAGUGGAAAGACAUCAUAGAUGUAUACACCACAGACUGCAGCCAUACGCAAACAAGAAUUUUGCACAAAUUAAACGAUGAGCAUGUUGUUCCCAAUAAGAUAAAAAAAAUGAAGGUGAAAAACUGUGUCCGUGUACUAAGCAAGUCAGUAGCUGCUGCACUAUCAUACACGUCUCAGUUUGCCACCUACGUUGAUGGGACGCCAGUGAGCGAGACAUUGAAGAAUACGGCUGAGACGGUGUCAUUUUUUGACGACCUUUUUGAUAGUAUUAAUGGGGCAACAGUGUCUGCAAAAAAGGCAGGAGGCAAAACUCUGCGCACCGCGGUGAGAGAGACCAGCAAGCAUCACGCGUUCUGGCAAGAGGCAAUAAAAAAUUUAGAAGACUUAAAAUUCAUUGAAAAUGGUCAGGAAAAGACUGUGCCUACGCUCAAAAAUUUUGUUGUAACUUUAAAAAGUUACAUGAGAUUGUGGCAGGUGUUUCAGACGAAAGAUUUAAAAAUAAUGCGCCCGAGAUACUUUAAUACUGACCCAAUAGAAAAUUAUUUUGGUCAGGUACGGGCGUAUAACUACAGGAACACUGAUCCAACCUGCCACAAUUUCAUAAAUACUUUUAAAUCACUUACGAUAACUGGUGUCAUAAAAUUCCACUCUGAGGGAAUGAAUUGUGAAGAGGACCCGGCAGAACAAUUGUUAAAUUUGUCAUCUUUAUUUGACAACAAUGAAAAAAAUAUCACAGAAGCUUCAACUGCCCCAAAUGAGACAACUUGUAAUGUUCUGCCAGGUCCGUCAGAAGCUCAAAACAUUCAGGGAGUAUUAGAAAAAGCACGAAAAGAAAGAUUGUUGGUGCAUUCCAAGGCAUAUGUAACCGGAUGGGUAAUAAAAAAAAUUUUGGAAAAAAAUUCUUGUUCUAUUUGUAAAAGGCAAUUAACAACGUCCGAGAAUGAAACUAUUCACAAUUGGAUCAGCCAAAAAGAAUAUAAAAGCUGUACAAAUAAAAGAAAACUGAGUUACCCAUCCGGAAAAGCCGUUCGGUGCUUUGGUACAGUCAUGGAUAGAGCAAAUCAAUAUUUAGAAAAAAAAGCAUAUGAAAAAAAUGUAUACAAAGGAAUAAUUAAAAAUAUUGAAGCAGAAGUAUUCACAGAUUUGGUAGACUGUACCAUGCACCAAAACAUAGUGAAGCAAUACUUCAUGAAUGUUGCAGUGAGGUUCACAAUAUUUAAUUGGUGUAACAACAUCAACAAAAUUUUGAGGGGCGUGGACAUUUAUAGAAUUAAAAACAAGUCGGACCUACCAUAUUUUCAGAAAUUGGCAUAUGAAAAGUUUUUGAAGAAAUUAAAAAAUAAAUCGGCAUAG